AUCGGUCGUUCUUCCAAGAAACCAGAGGAAAAAGGAAGAGGCGAAAUGGAAGAGUGUAUGAGAGAAUGUAUGAGGAAGCUUGCGCUCUGGUUCACGAGAACCUUCAAGCCGAUCAUCACUCACGACGAGCUUGUUCCGAUCAUGGACACGCUCGGCUUCGUGGCGCUUCCUCACGCCGGCUCACCUGCUUGGAAGGAGUACGUGUACGUCGCCGGCGGAUGCCGCUACCUUUUACCGGCGGAGACGCCGCUGCCGCUGCCGCCGCGGCCGAGGCUGCCGUACCCUAGGAUCGACGGCCUCCACAUCUGCACUUACCGCGCGUUCAUCGAUGCCGUUAACUUCUACCUCGAGAUGAGCAACACUUCUGAUCUCUUCCACAUUCGGGGGAUGCCGCUCCAUCGGAUUUAUGACAAAAAUAAGAAGUGGAGAAGGAUGGAGGAGGAGGACAGCGUAUUUGUUUACAGAGACGGAACAUUGGAACAAGGGACAUACAAUACGUAUAAUGUGAGCAAGAGCCCCAACAGCAGCAGCAGCGGCAACAGUCUCAAGCGCAAGUCAAAGGUGAUCCGUAACGAGGGUGACAGCAAUGUCUCCCUCACUGCCAUUGUUCGAUUAAAUGACAUCAUUGUUUCAUAGUGGUUUUAUGGUUCACACCAUAAACAGAAAAAAAGGAAAAAAAAAAAAAAAGAGAUAUAGACGUAAACCCCCCACCAUACAAAAAUAUUCUGUUGGAUUUCCAUAUCCAUCAUUUCCUUUCCCUUUUUUUUUUUUUUUUUUUGGGGGAAUUCUCAAAUUCUCUCUGUUUAACGUUUUAUAUUUCACCUGAAUACAUUGAAAAAAA